CAGUGACCCCCGUGGUUCAACUUGAGCAUGUCAACAAACAUGGCAGGGCGCGUUGGACGAGAUGCGGCUUAUCCUUUAUUUGAAAAGAUAUCCAACAAAUUCAACAUCAGUCCCAGUAAAAAGUCAUCAAAUCGCCAAUUGCUGUCAGUGGUGGAUGACGCCCUGUUGUGUUGGAGCCCUGAGGACGGCUGUCUCUUCUCACAGAUCCUGGACGUGCCCACCUCAGUUGUCCAGACAUUAGCUCUUUCCCGGCCUCCAGUUUGGGAGGUUGAGCAGCUGGUGAGGAACAGAAAUGGAAGCUGCCUGGCUUUGGUUGGUAGUCGAGGUGUGGUUGUUGUGUAUCUGCCCCUGCGCUCUGGCACUCCCCCUCUAUUUGACCGUGGCAAGGAAGCUAUCACCUGCAAAGUGGAGUAUGUUGCAGAACACUUCCUCACCUGCCAUCCAAAGCUGGAAGUGGUGAGUGCUGCGUGGCACCCAGGUUCCCUUGAGAACAAUCACAUAGUUAUUCUUUCUUCAGAUAAUCGUCUCAGAAUUUAUAAUCUGUCAUCAACUGAAAUUCCUGAACAAACCAUUGCCGUUGGGCCGGGUGAGGUUGGCGUCAUCAGUACCUCUAGCAUCACUUGCAACUCUACCCUUGGAGAGGAUGCCAUUGGAUUCGACUUCGGUGUUCCCUCUGAACUUGUAAAAUGUGUGUCUGGCAAUCCAGUAUCCAAUCACAGCUUCAGCUACAUGUUGUCUACUGGUGCUUCAUCUGCCCCUCAGUUCAGCUUACAAACAAGUGUUAAGCUACAUGUGUAUGAGACAGUGGAACUGGAAUUGUCAUUACUUCCUGAUGACCAAGGAUUCACCACACCUCUCCUUCUUCAUCCAGAUCCCACCACUCCAGCAAGGUACUUGGUGAGCCAUGAAGCUGGUGUGCACACAGUCACUGUUCCUCUUGUGGAGAAGCUUCUACACUACAGUGAACUCCCUGAUGAUGCUGGUUUCACAGAAAGUGAAUUCCCUUGUGUGGUGGACCAUGUACUGUGUACCAGACUGGUGACUCCUGCUACUUUGCUCCCAGUAGUGGGUUUGGUGGCCAGUGCUUCUCACUCACUUUUUAUUCUUCUAGCAUCAGGGAAAGUCUUUGCUGUAACAUUACCAUCUGCCUUUUUGCCAGAAUUAAUUGAACAUGCUAAUCCAGAGAUUGACCCUGUGCCAUCUCCUUUAAGGAAGAUACAUACUGAGAAUUUUGAAAAUCACAUCCGAAGCACCUUGCAGCGUACAACUUCACAGCCCUUGCUAGCCUCUGGGACCACUGGCCGAGUUACCCCCAGUGAGUACAUCCAUCUUCUCAACCGUGUGAUGGUGACUCUACGCACUAAUUACAUGCAGCCACAAAAAGUUGCUAGAAUGGAUAUGGAAAAAAGGUCUGAUAUCCUUGGUGAACAGAAGCAAAGGUUAAAAAGUGAUUUAGAAGAUCUGCAAGCAAGAAAAAAAGCUCUAACAGAGAAAGCUCAUGAACUAGCAGAAAAGUAUGAGGAUGCCAGUGAAAAGAAGUGCUUACUUAUAGGAAGAUUGGAACGUGUGAUCAGCAGAAUGAUGAGAACUCUUCCUGUGCUAUCCAGCAGUGAGAAGAAAAUGAUGCAAGAAUUAGAGGCAAUGCAGACUCACAUUCCUGUAUUUUUGAACCAACUUGCACAAAUAAAGGAGAAGGAAAAGCUAACAAGUCAGAUGGAGACUCACCAUACAUCAGAAGCAUCAAGAGGGCACCAGGUCAGCAGCAUUUCAGAGAACCAACUCAAGACUCUUAGUGAAGCGCUGUCCAAAGAGGGAGAAAAGUUGGUGAGUCUCACAGAAAAGGUUAAUCAAGCAAAGCAGGAGUUUCAUCUAUGAAGAUAUUGGUUUAAUAAGUUGAUCACAUAGAAUGGGAAAGUGAGUCUGAAAUUAUAUUAAUUGAAUUGAUGAUGUGUUAUUAUUGUGUUUUGUUUCAAUUAUUUUAUAGAUUUUUUUCCACUUCCUGUUGCAUUAAAAUACAGUUUGCCUCCA